GGGGUGAAGGUCGAUAAAAAUGGUCAGGGUUUACUGAAAGUAUUUAAACAUCAGCUGAUGCAGUUUAAAAACCUAGGACCAGAUAUGGCAGAUGCUAUUUUGGGUGUUUACCCGUCACCUAGUUUAUUAUUACAGGGGUAUAAUCAGUGUAACGGUGAAAAAGAGAAAGAGAAAUUAUUAGAAAAUAUCAUGGUCAGACGUGGUGGUGGUGUCCUAGCAACUAACAGACGUGUUGGCAAGGAGAUGUCUAGAAGAAUAUAUCUAUUUUUAACAACACGAGAUCCAAAC